AAAAGAAUAAGUACAUGCAGUAAAGAUUGCAUUAUGCUGUGGUUAAUACUAAGCUCAACAAUUUUGCAUUGUGUGCUGUUAAUCAAUGCUAACGGCCUGUACUCUGUUGUGGCACCCAAAACCCUACGGUCUAACAGCGCUUAUAAAGUUGUAGUUGCCAUCCACAAUGCACCGCGACCCACUGAAGUCUCAGUCAGCCUGACCGGGCCUUCUUUCAAUUCGAGAAAGUAUGUUGAUGUUCCUUCCAUGUCCUCGAAGUCGAUUAGGUUUGACAUUCCGAAACUAACCAGAGGCGAAUACGAGCUAAAAGUUCUGGGUAGUGGAGGCAUCGAAUUCCAGAAUUCCACAAAGCUGGGCUUUGAACCCGAAUUAAAUUGGUUAUACAUUCAAUCGGACAAGGCCACCUAUAAGCCCGGCGAUAAGAUCCAAUUUAGGGUACUCUUCCUAGACAAGCACACCCGACCUGCCGUAAUCGAUAAGCCAAUUCAAAUUGAGAUCCGCGAUGGAGCCCAGAAUUUGAUUAAAAGCUGGAAAGAUAUCAAGCCGACAAGGGGUGUCUAUUCCGGAGAGCUUCAGCUGUCCGACAGACCUGUACUAGGCAACUGGACUUUAACCGCCGCCGCGCAAGACGAAGGCAAUGUGACGAAUGUGCUAGUGGUGGACAAGUAUGUGGUUCCGAAGUUCGAGGUGCUCAUUUUAACCGCUAAGGAUGUGGCGGCUAGUGCUGGGUAUAUUAGGGCAACGAUAAAAGCCAGGUACACAUUCAAGAAACCCGUAAAGGGCCACGUCGUCGCUUCGAUCGAGGGCAGCUCGACAGAGAAGAGCCUGCCCAUUGAUGGAGAGGUGAAUGUGGAGUUUCCCAUUUCAGCGACAGCCAAGAGACUUUUGAAAAUAACGGCCAUUGUUACCGAGGAGCUGACGGACCUCAAACACAACGGUACUGCCUACGUGACAGUCCACCAACACCGUCACAAGCAGGAGGAUCUACUUUGGCCAACGCAUUAUAGGCCAGGUGUAUUGUAUGAAUUUAAGACUGUGGUUAGAAACUUGGACGGUUCUCCUGUCAUGGACUCUUCUAAGAUGGUUAACUUCAACGUGUUGUGCUGUCAGGCUUAUAGAAAUUUCUCAGCUUCACUUCAAAAUAGCAUUGCCACCCAGCACAUAAUGCUUCCCGAUUCAACGUGCAAAAGUUGUCUUGUUACGUCUACCUUUGAGACUGCAGCAAAGUUAGAACGGUACAUAUAUAAGAUCGAUAAGAAACUCAUGAUUUCGAUCAUAACUAAGAAGCCCCAACUAAGGAAGGAGCUUAAAAUGAAUAUUGUAUCCGAUACCUAUCUUCCCUACUUUAUUAUCACUGUUGUCGCACGAGGUAACAUUGUUAUGAGUAAUUUUAUAAGCCUGGAAGGAAGAAAAAAGAGUCAGGAAAUUGCGUUCGAGCCAACCUUUGUAAUGGUGCCUCAAGCUACGAUAUUUGUCCAUUACAUUUUCAACGGAGUUUUGAUAUCUGACGAGAAAACUGUCGAUAUCGAGAGGGACUUUGAGAACAGGAUUGAAAUAUUAACAACAAACGAAGCAAGGCCAAGGGAUGAAGUGAGCCUAAAGGUGAAAACCGAUCCCCAUUCUUUCGUCGGUCUCCUUGGAGUGGACCAGAGUGUGCUGCUUUUAAGGUCAGGAAAUGACCUAAACCGUGAUAAAAUAUUGAACAAUCUCGCCACGUACUCCACUGAUUUGGUGACCCUAACAAAUGCGAACAUAAAUAUCUACAGGAGCUCGGGUGGCUGUUAUACCAAUCCUGGUCAAACUAAUUGUACUGGAAACUUCUUUAGUCGAACGGUGUUUAAAGAUGAGUCAGCAAAGAACUCAGGUCCUGUUCCCACACUCGGUUCAAUCACAGCACAAGGUUCCCUUCCACCAGUUCGUAAGCUCUUUCCCGAAACAUGGCUGUUUUCAAAUAUUAAUGACGUGGGCGCCAACGGUGAAUACAUCAUUAGAAAAACUGUUCCCGAUACGUUGACCUCUUGGGUGAUCACAGGCUUCUCCCUCAGCCCUCAAUCCGGCCUUGCAGUGACCAGGAGUCCUAGCAGAAUUCGUGUGUUCCAACCGUUCUUUAUUACCACCAACUUGCCGUACUCUGUGAAGCGGGGUGAAGUGAUUGCCAUUCCCGUGGUCGUAUUUAACUACUUGGGAGUGGAUGUGAAGGCGAAAGUAUCAAUGGAUAACUCAGACGGUCAGUACGAAUUUAUUGAGACCACUAACGCUAAUAUGUCCCAGUAUCAUUUGGGAGUACAAAGGGAAAAAACAUUAUGGAUUCCCGCAAAUACGGGACGUGGCAUUUCAUUCAUGAUCCGCCCAAAGAAAAUGGGUCUGACCACUCUGAAAAUCACCGCCAUCUCGUCAUAUGCCGGUGACAGACUCCAUCAAAUACUAAAAGUGGAGGCCGAUGGCGUCCAAAAGUACGUCAACAAAGCCGUAUUAAUUAAUGUUCAAAGGUUGAAACGACGUAGUUUGGCACCACCGGAAAAAUCACUUUUCAUAGAAAAAGUCGACGAAGCUAUUGAAGGUUCCGAGUUUUUCGAAUUCGAAGUGUUUGGAAGUAGCCAAGCGCCUCAACUGGAACACCUUGACGAUCUGGUUCACUUGCCCUGCGGAUGUGGAGAGCAGAACAUGUUUAACUUUGUGCCCAGUAUACUGGCGUUAAGCUAUUUAAAAGAAAAUAAUCGACAGGAUCAAGAGAUAGAAAAAAAUGCUAAGAGUUAUGUGGAAACUGGUUACCAGAGAGAACUCAACUACAAACGUCACGACGGUUCCUUCAGCGCUUGGGGGCAAAGUGAUUCUUCAGGCAGCACAUGGCUCACUGCAUAUGUGAUACGGUCCUUUCACCAGGCCGCCAAAUACAUCGAUAUUGACAAAAAUGUCUUGGUAGCUGGACUUGAUUUCCUCGUGUCCCGACAGGGUACACAUGGAAAUUUUAGAGAAUUGGGCAGGGUUAUACACAAUAGUCAUGGAAGUCCAUUGGCACUUACAUCAUUUGUCCUGCUGACUUUCUUCGAAAACAAGGAAUAUAUGCAUAAAUAUCAGAAUGUUAUCGAUAGGGCUGCGGCUUUUGUGGAUACGAAGGUGCGCCAAUCAAAUGAGCCGUAUGAUCUGGCCAUUGCCGCCCUGGCCCUGUCAUUAGCAGGUAAACGUAAAGCCAAUAUAGCUCUGGAUAAGUUGGAAAGGUUGGCCAGUCGGCGAGGUGACCACAAGUGGUGGACCGGUUCAGAUAAGAGCAAGAGCAGCGAUGUAGAGAUCACCUCUUAUGUCCUGCUCGCCCUUCUCGAGCAUCUCGAGCAGCAUAAAUCGAAUGAACACAGACCGAUUGUCGAUUGGCUGAUUAGCAAGCGCAACAGCAACGGAGGUUUCGUCUCCUCCCAGGACACCGUUGUCGGUAUUAUGGCCUUAACCAAGUUCGAACUCCAAUCACAUGAAUCAACCGAUUCUCUUAAUAUAGACUAUUGGCUUUCGAUCAAAGAUAAAAAACAUGUAACGAUAACUAAAGAAACUGAAUUUAAAGUCCAGACCCAUACGCUUCCUGAAAACGGAAACAAUCUGAAGUUCUUGGCCACAGGUCAGGGGCAUGCACAAGUUCAGCUGUCGUACCGCUACAAUGUGGCCACCAAGGAGGCGAGUCCCAGCUUCAAAUUAACGACUACGGUUAAGAAGUCCGAUAAAAGCCGGCUGAUCCUUGGCAUUUGUGGGGAGUACACCCCCAUCGCAGCCUCCGACGGGAAUAAGCCCACCAAUAUGGCUUUGAUGCAGGUGCAGCUACCAUCUGGUUAUGUUUGCGAUACCGAUUCCUUUGCCGCUAUCGAAGCCAUUUCAGACGUAAAGCGUGUGGAGACCAAAAACGAAGACACCGAGGUUCAUAUCUAUUUCGAAAAACUGUUACCUGGUGACCGCAAGUGCCUGACCCUGAAGGCCAUAUAUACCCAUGCGGUGGCCAAUCUAAAACCAUCUUGGAUUCGGCUCUACGAUUACUAUGCCACCGAACGCACUGCUACCGAAUUUUAUCACGUGGACACUUCUCUAUGUGACAUUUGCCACGGCGAUGAGUGCGGAAGUGGGUGCUAAAGUGAAUUAAUAGUAUGCGUUUUUUGUAUUCCUACCAAAAUUAAUAAAAAUGUAUGUUUUAAUA